ACUCACUGUCACAGCCAUUCAAAUCUUACCCAAGUCACUAUGGUGCCUUUGGGGCACUUAGCCAAAGGGGCGACUUUGGAAGACAUUCUUGAAACCUGUAUUCAGUCUUUUGGUGGAAGCUCAGAUAUGAAAAACUGCAGUGGAGUUAUUUAUACUGGAUCUUCAAUAGGAAGGAAAGUAUAUUUAAAAAAAAUGUUUUAAAACCAUGGCUACUAUUUUUGAAAUACAUUAAAAUACUACCUUUAUAGUUUAGCAACGUUCCUAAUAGAAUUUAUGUGAACUUAAUACAAUUUGCAGCCUCUAAUGGUCAUAAUAAUCGUAACAUUAUGAUGUAAAUUUUUCUGUAAUGUCUAAUCAGUGCUAAAUCAGCUUGUUUCCUCACUGUAGGAUAAAGGGACUGUUUGUAAACAAACCUUAGAAAUUCAGUAAACCAUUUCAGGACUGAUCUGUAUGAAAGAUGCCACAUAAUUACUAUGAUAGAACUGAGAAAUCUGGCAAAGGAUCUGGUUGUACAAGUACUAGUUGAUUAUAGUUAAUAUUUUCCAGAAUAUAAAAGUAACUGCAUUAGUGAAGACUUAUAGUUCUGUGACAUCCUAGUAUUUCCACUGCUCAUUUUUGCAUCAGUAUCGUGCAAAAAAAAUUGUUGUCUUAGAUUGCCUUCUAAGAAAAACUUACUUUGCUCCCAACAUGAGUACGUUCUUCCAGUCUAGAUGCAACAUUGAGUAACUAAUAAUACAAUCAGAGCUCAAAUACCAAAUUUGUUAUUAUCUUUGUUCAAAAUUUACCAAAUACCAAGCUACAACAAAGAAUUCUAAUUAGAAUGCAGUUGUAUCUUUUAAGGCAUAUGUCUUUUAAGACAUACACAUACCCACAGAAGAGAACUUCUGUCAUUUACAUUUUUUCUGCAACUUAUUCCUGGUCACUCAUUUCUUUUUGUCUCAUGCUCCACAAACUUGCAGGGGACACAAAUGUGCCCCCAAAGUCUAGAUUGAAUAUUGAAGUUUCUAGUUCCCCAAAGAGUCGUUAAAAUUUGUACAGUUUAUUAUUCUGUACUAAAAUGGUGUUGAUCAUUGUGUGUGAUUUGGUAAAAUGCAGUUAGGAAAAAUCUAGUGUUGCUUGGCAAUGGAAACUAUGUUAAUGAACAAUUAAUGACAUUGUGGGAGCAGAAGAGUAGCUGCUGUUCUGUAGAAUGCUAAGUGCUAUUUAGCUAGCUGUUAAAGUUAAUUGUGAUUGCUCUAAAGUGAAAAUGGGUUCUUUUUUUAACCUGAUGACUGUAGAAUUUUUUCCCAAAGAAAUGAAACUUUUUAGAUUUCAUUGUGUAUACUUUAAGGUUCUAAUUAACUAGUUUGAUUUCAGUCUUUACAACGUAGUUGUCCAAAGUCAUGAAAUAACAAAAGAAAAUGCAUAGAACUCGGACUACUUGCUUUAUAAAGUCUCCCACUUACUAAUGCUUACCACAGGAGUAUGACAGAAAAUUAUAUCUUCAAACCUCUAAUUGUAACCUCAGAAGAGCAAUAUAAGUUCUAUUUAUCAGUGCACAAAACUUAGAUACAAUAAGAAAAUAGUUCAUUCUACUGAGAAUAUUUAUGAGUUUGUUUUCUUCUCCUCAGUGUAUGUAUGAAAUAGAAGCAAGCAAUAGUUUCUUCUUUAGGCUUCCCCGCGCAUUUUACUUUCUGUUACUUAGUUUGUGUAUGCUUUAGUGUGAAAUCUGUCAGUAUUUUGCUGCAUUUUUUUAAGAUACUUUUUUGCAUUACAUUUUUAUAAGUCUGGGAAAGAAGGGACUCCACUUGAAAUAUUACACAGUACAAUAGAUCUAUACAUAAUAUAUGCUUAAGAAGAAAAGCCAAGAUAGUUUUCUAAACAUUAGUUUUUUUUUUCCCCCCCACUUCCAUUGCUGAGGUCAGAAUGUGGAAGUGCAAGAGCUGGGAGAAAGCAAAGAUAGGAGAGCACCCAUUACAGCUGCUCAGAUUAUGCUUGCAUUGGGGCUGACUUUCAUGAAUCCCCAAAUGCUCAAGCUGUCGUGCUUGAAUAGAUAUAGAGAUCAUAUUAAGAAUCCAGUGCCUAGUGCCAGCCCUAUUGUGAUCAUUUAGUGGCAUGCCAUGUUAACCUUUACAAUAUGGAACUCCUCUGGCAGAGACCAUAACGCGAGAUGUCAAGAGCUUCUCUUCUAUGUUAAGUUUCAAUAUGUAGAUUCUGAUUGUGAUGAAUGGUGUUUAGGUACAUUUAAGUUUGUGAAUUUAAGUAAGUGAAGCUGCAUUGUUGUCUUUUUUCUUUGUUUGUUCUGUGGGUUUUUUUUUUUUUUUUUUUGUAAACCUCGUGUUCUUGGUCUAUGGUUGAUAAGGGCUGUUCCUGUCUCAGGAUGUAACAAAGGCAUGUCCCCAUCUAAUGAGUUAGAAGAUAGCUUGUCACCAUAGUCUAUAAACAUUAAUUUCAGAAAUAUAUCUAGAAGUUAGACCAGAGACUGGGAAGCUGACAUAUGUAAGGAAGAGAAAUGUGAAAAAACAAGUCAGGAAUUUCAUAACAGGAUUUAGGGUAGGAGUAUGAGUCAGCAAUGAAAAUUAAGGCCAGAAACUGGGGCUUAAUCUAUCUGUAACAUCUUGAGGUCUCUGAGAGGAAAGACACUUGGUGUCUGCUGGUUUGUUGUAGUUUGAACCUUUGGAUGUGGCUGACUUCGUGCUUCCUCAGAUCUGAUGAUUGGCUGCCCCAGGAUCAAUCAUGUAGUUAGAAUAUCACUGUAAAAACAAUGCAGUUGUAGGAUGAGUAAGUGCUGAGCGUGCAGUUGAGUUUAGUGGUUAUCUAGCAAUACUGGGCUCAAUUUUCUGAUUCCAGAAGUCUUAUUUGUUUAUCCACCAGCACUUAGACUGGCACAGUUGUGUUGCCAGGCACUACACCUGAAUUAUUCAAGAGUUGCCUGUAGCUCAAAAACUACACAUGGCUCCUUCAGUAACAUGAUUCAUAGCUUUGAAAAAAGAAAAAAAACACUUAAACUACAAUUGGUAGGCUCUAUAGAAAAAGACCAAUUAAAAAGUUCUCAUUUGCCAAAAUCAAUACUUCAGCUAUACUAUAGAACAAUGAAAAUUAGUGCAUGGAGGGGGUGUUAACAUUUUACUUUUUGUACUUGAUUUGAAUUUCCAAGGCUAAUGGAACACUUUCCACCCACAUUUCAUUUGGUUUCUCUUGAAGAACAUUUUAAUUUCUCAAAAUCAUCCCAUUUCCCUUUGACGAGAACGUUUAUCCUCUCGUUUUCGUUUCAAAGAACUACCCACCCAGAGCUUUCUGCAACAGGUAGUUCUCCAAAAGGUGUUUCUGAGAGGCUAAUGUCUUUCCCUUGAGGCUUUUACUCCCUGAUGUUCUCUACUCUCACAUGGUAGAGAGUAGCCCUGGAUGCAUAUUAGAUUUGCUUGUGCCUUGGUCAAAUCUGCAUUGUUAAUGAGUAUGUGGAAGAACUUUUUUUUCCUUCCCAUUCUCUAGGUAUCUUGAAGUGUGAAGUAGACUUAGAGAAGCAUCAAGUUUAUACUGUUUCUUCCAGAAUCUGUUUAACUUGUUUAGGGUUCUGCUACUAGUACAGAAAUUAUAAAAAUUAUUAAUUUUUUUAUUAUUAAAAAAAUUAUUAAUUAUAAAAAAAAGCAGAGUUCUCAUUUUAAUUUUGGAGUUUCCUCUUGUACUAUCAAUUUUUUUUUUUUUUUUUUUUAAUAUGAGCGACUUAGUGGUUACAAGCACAUUGCUGCAUGUUGGGGACAGCCAUUAUUUGUAUAAUUAAUUUUAAAUAGGAGAGCUUGAAGAUUCCAGGUGCUUUCUGCUGCAUCUAGAAAUAAUUCUUUUGCCUAUCUUCAUAAGAUCAUUGUAAUUAACUUAUACUAUUUCUGAAAGACAUCAUGUGGAAAAAAAUCCCAACAAAUAAACAAAGCAAAACAAGAAAAAAAGAACAAACACCACCACUCUGCAGAAUACUAUACUACAUGGAAUACUAGUAUAGCAACCAAUGACUUUCAGCUUUGCACUUAAAUAAGACUGCUUGGCAAUUGCCUGAUGAUUUGUUGUUGCAUUGCUCUUGGUGUUAGGUUUGAUAGUGACUGGAAGACUUCAGGUAGCUUACAAGAAAUUAUUCAUAUUCUUAGUAGUUUAGUCACUGAUCAUGUGAUAUCAGUGUUCUAUGAUUCACUUCUUAUGCUUUUUAAAUGGUACACCAGAUGACAGAGUUGGAACCUGAUGAUAAAGAAAUGCUUGUAAGAUAAAUGCCUUUUAGACCUAGGAAAAACGAAUUUCUUUCUUGCAAAAUUCAGCUCAAGAUCUUCCUGGCAUUCUUCCUGUUGCUUUAUAAUUGCAUUCAUAUGUAGGAAGGUCUCAGGACCAUGGUACUGCCUAUAGAACGUUUCCUAGUGAGUACAUUUACCAUAAGCUUGGGGUUGUAGUGAAAAAUAGGUAGUUUGCUCUUAAUGCCUUAUUAGCUUUUGGAUACUUAUAUUCUUCUAAUUAUUCCAGAAACAAGUGAUAGUUCAGUUAUAUCUAAGUCACAGAUUGGAGGAAGCAACCAGUUGGAUCAUGCAUAAGAAUGGCUGAUAAACCUAGGUUAGGAUGUUCUUACUUUUGUGUUUUCUGAUUUUCACCUAUGAAAUGGAACUCUGGUAACGGUAAAUUCAAGUGACCUUGUGUUGCUGUUUAAAUAAAGUAUUCAGUUCUGUAUUUCUUUGUAUUCUCAUGCAUGUAGUUAAAGACUGGAAAAGUAUAUUCAGUUCCUACUACCUUGUUUGCUUCAGAGAACUUUUAUUAAAACAUCUUAAGGGCAUUUACAGGAGAAAAAAAAUUGUACCUUACAGACUAUUUAUAUUUUUCUGCAGCGAAACAAAUCUAAGGCUUAUGAAGUAUUUUGCAGCACUCUAUUAAGGUAAAUCAACUAACUGAAACACACCCAUGCUACUUUGUUUAGUAGUCGCUCCGGUUUUUGCUCAGCAGAGUAUGUGGUUAGAAACACAUAUACAAACGGAAAUCAAAAUGAGUCUCAGACUUAAACAAAAAAAAACAAAAAAAACCACCAAACCUUGUGGAGGUUCAAGAGAAUGCUGUAGAGGCAUUCAGAGAGACUCUCCCAAGUGAGUCAGGAAAACCCCAUAAUCACCUUCCCUAUUUGCACAAAGAUAGUUUACCGUAGCUUUUGUAACUUCCUUACACACAGUUAUGUUUGGCAGGUCAGCUCUCUGAAAAGAAACUGCCUGCUGGUCAGUGGCAGUUCUGAAACUGAGCUGGAAUCUCUUCACACUUAAGGUCAAUUUUUAGCUUUUAUUGAAUUAGGAAUUUAUGCAGUACAAAUAGAAGAAUCAGACCUGAUGUUUUUCUCUUUACUAACAUUAUUCAUUAAUAGUGUACUCACGUAAAAAGCAUUUCUUUUAUAGAUUUGGCAGGAAGGUUACAUUAAAUAUUUGAUAAUGGUUAUUUGUAAAAUUAUCUGCUGCUACAAUCUCAUACAGGUCUGCUACUUUGUGCUGAGCUGUACUGGGAACCGAUAAGACUUUUGUCUGCAGUGCAUGUUUUGUACUUGUGAUGUACUAAAAAACAAAGCUUUUCCUAGUUCAGAUUAAGCCUUUUAGUCAUGGGCGCAGGGUAGGAAUGGAUAGCUUGAAGUUUAGUACUGUUUCAUUGUGCGCAAAAUAAUUACUCUUUACUUUAACUACAUCCACCUCUGAUGUGAGGUAGCUGGAUCUGGAUGUUUUAAAGCAUAAAUUCACUUCUGUUGGGUGAGAAAUUAAGUGUGUUGACCUAACCACUAAUAUUAGGUAGCAUGUGCUGUUUUUUCCCCACACCUUUACAGUGCAGAAAAAAAGUAUUUAAAACAUCGUUAAAAAAGAUCCAAGUUCAAUUGGAUGCAUGGUGCCAUGUAAUACUUAUGGUAGAAGCCUGGAAUAUGCACAGAUAGAAACUGUUGAGAUAGACAGACUGUCUUUGUCAGCUGAAGGUGAUUCCAUAUUAAACACUUCUGAAAAAGCAGAUGAUUUAACAAUAGCUGUACACAAUUAUAUACAUGCAGAUAACUAUUUUGGCUUUCAAGUUAAGUGUAUACAGAACUGCUUUUCUGGUUAAAAAAACUCUGUUGGAUGAAGGGCCUCAUCAGAAGAGGGGUGGCCAGUAGGGGCAGGGAGGUGACUGUUCCUCUCUACUCUGCCCUCAUGAGGCCCUAACUGAACCAUUGCAUCCUGGUGUGAGGCCACCAAUACAGGGAGGACAUGAAUCUGUUGGGGAGGGUCCAGAGGGCCACAAAGAUGACUAGAGAGCUGGAGCACCUCCUCUAUGAAGGCAGGCUGAGGGAACUGAGCUUGUUCAGCGUGGAGAAGAGAAAGCUGCUAGGAGACCUUUUUGCAGCCUUCCAGUACUUAAAAUGGGUUUAUAAACAGGAGGGGAAUAAGCUUUUUGCUUGGGUAGCAAGUAUUGUACUAGCAAUAGAACAAGGGGGAAUAGUUUUAAGCUCAAGAAGGGAAGGUUUAGAUUAGAUGUCAGGGUGAACUUCUUCAUAGAAAGACUGGUGAGGUAUGGGAACAAGCUGCCCAGAGAAGCUGUGGAUGCUCCAUCCCUAGAGGUGUUCAAGACCAGGUUGGAUGGAGCCCUGUAUAGCCUUGGCUAGUACCAAAUCUGGAAGUCGGAGUCGGUGGAUCUGCCUGUAGCAGGGGGGUUGGACCUUGGAGUCCCUUCCAACCUGAGCCAUUCUAUUUUGUAAAAUUUGGUAUGGACCUCUGUGUGCUAUAUUUAAAAGCAUUUUAGUCUUCUUAAAAACACUUGGAAUAAGACAAAUUCUAGAGAAUUUAAUAAACAUUAUGAUUCCUGAUGUCCCAGGCUUUAUUUGCAAAUUCCAUAUUUCUCCAGCAAAACUUACACAGCAGCUGUUUUAAUGCCUAAGCUAUUUACAUUCCAUUAAGAACAGAAAUAUUCUGUAAGUAAUAAAUUAAAUUAUGCGAGAACAUGAGUAUAAACUUUGGUUUCUGCUUUAAAACUAGGAACUUACAAUAAAAAUCAAAAGACAGAUGAAGAAAUUUUUUUGAAGCAUGACCUGGAUGCUUAUUCACCAAUGUCAAUUUUUAUUUCAUAUUGAUCUAUUACUUGAACUUCUGUAUUACCAAUGCUUUUUUUUUUUUUUUUUUUGCUGGUCAGUAGUCUUUCCCAAUCUGUCUUCAUCUGACUGCAUUUUCUUAUGUCAUUGCUCAAGAGUCCUGACCCAACUGUUUUCCAGUAUAAGCAGCAGCCUGCUUCUCUCAUCUCUACAAAGAACUGUGGAUAGUUAAUAGGGAAUAUAUUAAUUGUAUUUAAAGCAAAGGACUAGUUCCCCAUCUGUGACUUUGUGGGAAGCUAGAUUUAUACUUCAAAAUAAUGAUUGAUGCCAACUAUUUACCUAUUCCUUGAAAGGAAAAUAGUCUGUAGUGUAGCUUUUCCACAUUACUACCAAAAGGCCCUAGACUUUUAAGGACGUGCCUGUAGUCGGUAACAGAGAAUUUGUAUGCUUUCAUAUCAGCUUAGUUGAACCAUAUGCUAAGCUAAGCGCUCUGUAUUUCUCGAGUAGUGAAUGCACUAUCAUGACUGUGAAACUCAGUUAAGAUCUGAAAAACAAAUCUGGAAGGAUUGGUAAAGAGCACACAUCUCUAGAAGUAUCUGCAGCUGCUCCAGUUAGAGUAAACCUGUCACUCUAGUGAAAGUAUAGAAUAACACUACAGAGAUUGGUCUCCUGGAAUUUUAUGAUCUUUCUUUCUGUAGGUACAGGAUGGUUUGGAUGUUAUGUUUUGAAUGCUCUGCUUUAAAUUCUACAUUGACUGUAACUGUUCACAGGAGGUUUUUUUUUGCUAGCUCCAAAUGGGAGUCAAGUAGUGCAACUUAUUCUCCUAACUCUUCAUUGCUGCCUCUGUCAGUAUAUUAGACUGAGGCUAUAAGCAGAAUUGCCUCUUAUGAUGUAGCUGUAACUACAGAAAGUGGUCUCUCACAUUCAUUGUCAAAGAUGACUUGAUAUAUAAAGUUUCUGUUCUGGUAUAAUAAUGCUGAGUGGGUUGAUGCCAGAAUCUACUGAUCAUGAAUUUUCUACUUGCCUUUCCUGAGGGUCUGUCUGUCCAUCAUAUUGAUUUUCCUGCAAACUAUACAUACCAUUUCCAGAAUAUCUACAUCAGUGCAUGAUAGAUAUCCAGCACAUCCUCUGCUGCUAAGGGCUCAAAAUGAGAGCUUAAACAGUAACUUCCUUGUAAACUACAGGCUUAGGUCAUUCUGAAUCACCUUCCUACCGAAUUACAUCUACUCUGCAUGAAAUAAUUAAAUUAGUCUGUUUGAUGAUGGAAAGAUCAGGAUCUCUAAAGGAUUGAAUAUGUUGAAGGGAGACAUCCAGAUUGGUGCACGUGUAGGUAGCAGUGUGAACCUAGCAUUUGGUUGAUGGCUUUCACUUUCUGGCCAAUCAGCCUGGACUCAGGAACAGUAUAUUUUGUGUUACCUGCUGUAAGCACGAGUAAGAGGUUAUUGCACUGAUAAAGGGAAGAGAAAGCUUUCGGGGAGGGUAAGAACUAUUGUUGAGUGAGUAGUAGGAAAUAAAUCAGGAGGAAGCUGGGCUUUUAGUUCUACUACAGAUCUAAUGUAUUGUUUGGCAGGAAAGGCCUUGGCUUUGGGGUCCUCUUCAUGUGUGUUACCCACCUGUAUAAGGACAUGGAAAUUGUUUCUCAGUGGCUAACAUGAAUUAUAUUGUUUUAUGAAUGGGAUGAGUUUAAUAUUCCUUUUUACUACAUUGUGUAGUCUAAAAAAUGGCUUUUUCCCCCUCUUGUAGUAGAUAUCACUUCAUAUGCUGCAGAUCUGCUGUUUUCACCUACCUCUUCCUUUUUGUGUUAUCAUGCAUUGCUUUUGCAUGCUGUUCUUGUUUCAGGUGGUAACUACAUUUGUCUUAGUAGAGGAAAUGAUGCAAAAAGAUUUAGAAGGAAAUUCUUAUCAGAAUAACCAGCUGCUAAAGAUGAUUCUGACCAUGCAUCAGUUUAUCAUCUCUUCUGCAGAUAUGCUCCAGAAACUCAGUGAUCUUUAUCUUAGCGCUUUAGAGAAGAAGUCAUCCGUGCUGUGUGUAAAGAUAUGCUAUUUUGUAAGGUAUUGGAUUACAGAGUUUUGGAUUAUGUUCAAAAUGGACUCUAAACUAUCAACAACCAUGGAGGCAUUUCAAGAACUGGUUAAAGCUAAUGGUGAGGAGUUGCACUGUCGUCUAAUCGACACAACUCAAAUAAAUUCCAGGGACUGGUCUAGAAAGCUGACACAACGUGUAAAGGCUAACAGCAGUAAGAAACGGAAAGUUUCACUCCUUUUUGAUCACCUUGAGCCAGAAGAGCUGUCAGACCAUCUUACCUAUCUUGAAUUUAAGUCCUUCAGAAGAAUAUCAUUCUCAGAUUAUCAGAGCUACAUUGUGAAUAGCUGUGUGAAAGAGAAUCCAACAAUGGAAAGAUCAAUUGCUCUUUGCAAUGGUAUCUCUCAGUGGGUGCAGCUAAUGGUUCUCAGUAGACCAACACCACAGCUUCGAGCUGAAGUAUUUAUCAAGUUCAUUCACGUUGCACAGAAGCUUCACCAAUUGCAGAAUUUCAAUACAUUAAUGGCAGUGAUAGGAGGUCUCUGUCACAGUUCCAUUUCCAGACUCAAGGAAACAAGCUCAUGUGUUCCUCAUGAUGUAAUUAAGGUGUUUAAUGAAAUGACAGAACUGCUUUCAUCUUGCAGAAACUAUGACUGUUAUCGACGUGCUUAUAAUGAGUGCACUAACUUUAAGAUCCCAAUCCUUGGGGUCCACCUGAAAGACUUGAUAUCACUUCAUGAGGCUAUGCCAGAUUACUUAGAGGACAAAAAAAUUAACAUAUGCAAACUGUACUCUCUCUAUAACCACAUAAAUGAGCUAAUACAGCUCCAGGAAAUGCCACUUCCCCUGGAGGCUAAUAUGGACCUUGUUCAUUUGCUUACGCUGUCCCUUGAUCUGUACUACACAGAAGAUGAAAUUUAUGAACUUUCAUAUGCACGAGAGCCAAGAAGUCACCGAGCUGCUCCUUUGACACCUUCCAGACCACCAGUAGUGGCAGACUGGGCCUCAGGAGUAGCCCCAAAACCUGAUCCGAAAACAGUCAGCAAACAUGUUCAGAGGAUGGUGGAUUCUGUCUUCAAAAAUUACGACCAUGAUCAGGAUGGUUACAUUUCUCAAGAGGAAUUUGAAAAGAUAGCAGCCAGUUUUCCAUUCUCAUUUUGUGUAAUGGCUAAGGACUCGGAAGGUCUGAUUAGCAGGGAUGAAAUAACCGCUUACUUUAUGAGGGCUAGCUCAAUCUAUUCCAAAUUAGGACUUGGCUUUUCUCACAACUUUCAGGAGACCACUUACCUAAGACCUACUUUCUGUGACAACUGUGCUGGAUUUCUAUGGGGAGUAAUUAAACAAGGAUUCAGAUGCAAAGACUGUGGAAUGAAUUGCCACAAGCAAUGCAAAGACCUGAUUGUGAUAGAGUGCAAGAGAAGACACAAAACUUCUGUUGCAGACAGCAGCCCAACAUCUGCUCUUGCUUCAAGCCUCUGCACAGUAGCAGUUAAAGAGCAAUUCCAUGGACAAGAAGAAGGACCAUUCACAUUUCCAAAUGGAGUAGUAGAACACAGUGAAGACAGCAAGGACCGAACUAUUAUGCUCAUGGGCUCCUCAGCUCAGAAAAUCUCAGUAAGAUUGAAACCAGCCGUAGUUCAUAAAGGUAUACAGACAGACUCCACACUGCUGGCUGCUGAUGUAUCACAUAGGUCAAUGGAGAAGAAAGAGAAAAGGAUUCUAGAAAAUCCUUAUCUCCAGCCCAUCCCACCAUCCCCACGUCCAAGCCCAUUACUAAGCCGUAAAAAAGCAUAUGUUAAAUGGGAAAACAAGGAAUCCAGUCAGAAAACGAAGGAGGAACAUCACGAGCAUCACAGCUAUAAACCCUCAUACCAGGAACUUGAGCGGGAAAGAAAUAUUCUAAAGGCAGACAAUGAAGGUUUAAAGAUGCAACUGGAGCAGGCACAUAAAACAAUUGAAUCUCUUACGAUUCAGAGAAAAAAUCAUGUUAUUGACAAUCUACAACACAAAGACUGCUCCUAGCAGAUGAGGGGAAGCUUCUUCUGGAAGAAUGUAAGACUGAAGGGAACAAUUGUGAAAAAGCUGCUUUACCAAGUGAACUGGAAAGACACUCCAAAAGAUUUUAAAACAGAAAUACUCUCUUUAUUCUAUACAUUUCCCUACUGAAAACACACUCCCACGUCUAUAAAUGAAUUCCUUCAAUUUAAGGUAUGUUAGCAUCAUCUGCACAAUGAACACAGUAUCUUCUGGGAUUGUAUUUGAAAGGAGUGGCACUGUUCCUGAAGCUUAUGUACGUGAUGACCAUGUGGAUUCUACAGUGACUUGGCUGCACAUCUCAGGCUACAAGUGCUCUAAGUAGCUACUCAUAAGACUGUCACUUCAAAUUUGGCCCAAAUUCAGGUUUGUAGAAACAAACGCUCAAUAGAGAUAAGCAUUUAAGUAAAUCUGUAUUCCAUUAAGAGGGAGAGUUCUUUCUCAUUGUGGCUGAAACCAAUUAAAAACAUUACGUAGACAGUCAUCUUUAUUUCUAGAGUUUAGCAUACUGAAUAUUAAUACAAGUAGUUAAGCUGAUUUUUAGACUUUGUUAUGGCAUACUGACAAAAGUUUUAAAACUUCAUUAAGGUAAAACAUGAGACUAGAGAGACUAGAGAGACUAGAGAGACUAGAGAGACUAGAGAGACUAGAGAGACUAGAGAGACUAGAGAGACUAGAGAGACUAGAGAGACUAGAGAGACUAGAGAGAGUGAAUUCAGCUUCCAUUUCAGUGUUCCAGUUUACAGCUUGGAAUACUACUCAUUGGGCUUAAGGGAUAGCUUGCUGUCCCUGUACUGUAGAUAACACAGGGAUAACAUUGACUAUUUUUUUUAAUGUCAAAGUGCAUACUAGUGUUGUAACUUCUGAGUCGUAUCAUAAGGACCAUAUUAUGAAGGAAACCGCAUAGCAAUCUCAAUGCAAUGGAUAUUGUAUUCCAGUUUCUAACAUCUUAUGGUUCUAACCAGGAUUUAUUCAGUUUCCCUCAUAGAUUUCAUACGCACUUUAGGUGAAGAGUCAAGGUGACUGUGCUCUUACGUGUGUAGAUUUUGUACAGUGAAAGGUGCUAGGGAGGUAAUGUAGUUUUCUUAGAACUACAAGGUGUACAUACUGUUAGAUGACAAAUCUGUCUUUCAAGUUACUGGUGAAUCUUUUAGUCAUAAGAGCCAAUCUUAAAAUUUAUUUGCAUUUCACAGUAAUUCUUAGAAUUGUAUAAAACUCACUUGCUUUUAUAAAAAAUGGAUGGCAUCGAGCAUUUAAACAGCAGAAGCUGAAAUUAACAUAUCUAUUUACAACAUACUUUCGUGCUCCAGCAGGGGGGUUGGACUAGAUGAUCUUUUGAGCUCCCUUCCAAUCCCUGUCAUUCCGUACUUCUGUAAUAUACUUAGUGCUCUUCAAAACUUGCAAAUUAGUUUACAAAGUCCAUGACAGAUUAAAUUUUUAGUUGACCCCUUACUACAGCAUGUGUGCUUCGUGUUCAGUGGCUUAGAUGUAUGCUCUGUUUCCAGCUUACAGUCAUUAAUUGUCAAGCAUAUUAAUACUUUAUUUAUUUUUUUAAAAGUCAAUCUGAAACUACUUACAAAUCUUCUGGUUCUAAGUUCCUGGUUAGAACUUGAGUUGUGUCUGCAUCCAUGACUAAAUAAAGACAAAUAUAGGGAGAGAGUAGUAGUAAUAGUAGUAUUAGACUUUCUGUUAUCUUACUGUAAAUAAAUAUGAUCUGUGAAGAAUUUAAAUGCAUAUGACAAAUCUAGCUGUUGUGAAGAUUGUGAAACUUUUGUUCCUCAUACACUAAACCUGAAUUAUUAACAGUUAACAUGAAAUUGCACUUUGAUCAGUGAAGCAGCCAGAAUGGCUCUCAGAUCAUAUUUGCACAUUUGCUUUGCCAAUUUUCUGUGAUCUUCUUGAUUUUUGUCCUCUCUGCAGGACUACAGUGAGAAGUAUUUCUAAUACACACUUAGCAGAUAAAAAGUCUAUUUCUACAAAAAGUCUAUUUCUACAACCAUUAAAAGGAACAGCAUGAAUGUUGGAAAUGUUUCAAUGUAUUUAGAAAAUACCUUAGAAGAGCAGCAAAAUUUGGCAAAUCUUGUGCAUCUAAGGAAACUCUGCUUGCUUAUGGUUUCAAUUCUAACAGAAUUUCUGUAUGUGUGUGUGUAUGCAUACAUAUAUACACACACACUUUGCCUAUUCUAGGAGGGUGGAAGAGGGAGAAAAUUAACGAAUCAGUAUUUGGAAAGUUCCCUAAUGCCAACACUGACCCAAAGGUUACUGUGUUAGUAACACUGAGUACUUAAUGCUUAAAAUCAAGUCAAGACUGUAGACUUGUACAGUCUAAAAUUAAAACUUACUUUUCUGUCAUGCUGUUCCUAUAAACAGAAUGAUUUAGACCCAAUCUGUUUGCAGGAUCAUCUUGCAGAACCCAUACAUGAUACUUCACGUAUGCUGAAAACUUACUGCUUCAGAUGAAUUUGUUGAUACCUGAAAAAUUUCAAAGCUCUCCAAUUACCUUCAGGGUGUUUGCCCAAAGCCUCUUGCAGUGUUUUGUUGUUGUUGCUUUGUUUUGGUGGUAAUCCCUUGUUAUUACUUUGCAACUUCCUUUUUGCUGCAUGAAAUAAUAGUGUUAAUAGCAAAUACUGACUAUACAAGGAUACUGAUAAAACUGACAAAGCUACUGAGCAAAAAUCACCCACAUCUCUGUUGAUCUUACUGCUACUUUAUGCUAGGAAAAAUGAUAUAAUGACAGUACUAAGUGCUGUUUAGAGGACUCAUCAGCAAGCACUGGUACUGAACACCAUUUAACUCUUAUCUUGUCACAGUUAACAUAAAUGAAAAGCACUCACCUUUAUUCUUUCUCCAGGCUCAGCUGUGUUUCAUAUACGUACAGAAAGGAAGAAAAAAUGAAAUGUUCAUAUCCCAACCACUGUUUAUUUUCUAAGUAUGAAUUCUGAUCCUUAAAAGAUGAAAGUAAGUAGACUGAAUGAUCUAACAACGAAAAGGCCAGAGCUAAUGUUAAUACUGAAGACCACUGCCUUUAAAAUAGCUUACGUAAACUUUUGAAAAUACAAAACAAUAUUACCUUUUGGAAUUCUUUGCUACAGUAGCAAUCUGUUAUCCUGUGGGAACUGAUCUCUACUCCAUUUUUGUUUCAGUGCUACUAAUGAAGAUUGAAAAAGUGUACAGACUGUAAACAUUUAUAUAAAGUGUAAGAAAUCAGUUUAAUAUUUAUAAUAGAAAAAAAAAUGUUAAAAUUGUACUUUGCCUCUGAGUUUGUAUCUAAAAGAAAGAAACCUUAACAAUAUAUAUUCAUUUUCCUCGAGUCUGUCAUUUGGGACACUUCUGCAGGACUGACCUGGUAUAUGUGAGUCUCAAGUUUACAUUCUUGAGCCUGAGGACACCAAGAGAACUUGGGAAGCUGGGCAUUUUCAGAUUACUUUUUCAGAAUUUAGUGGCUGAGACAAUACAGACACUGUUUUGCGAUUACACUGUUCAAGGUAUUCCCAAGCACAGUUCUUCAUUAGCAUUAUCUCUUGCUUUUGUUAAGAACAUUCAUUCACAAAAGAUGUUACAGCACGAUAGGUAAGCUUAAACAAGGCUUCUGCAAUUUCUACUAGGGCUCGUACACAGGCAGCGUCACGUCAUCCUGAACCUUUGCUAUUCUUUACCUUACUGCAGAACUCAAAAUACUGUAUCUGAUGCAUGUUUUUAAGUCAGGUAGUGAACAUCAAAAUAUCUGAGGGAAGGGAGGGAAGAAGAAGAGGGUGCUAACUACUGAAAAACACCACUCCUACUUACAGGCAAAUCUGCUCUCCCAACUUUGCACAUACAGAGCAAGGUGUGUUUUGCUUCAGAAUUAUAGAAGCGGAAAAAAAAACAAAAAACAAAAAAGGAAACCUCCAAUUAUUACUUCAGUUCACUACUUGUGAAGUUUUUCCUUAAUUUACAUAAAGACAAAAAGUAAUGAUCACAUAAACAUAUGCAUUUUUCUUUUUGUAUUAAGAUAAAUUUUAACUGAGUGUCCUUCAAUGGAGACAGAUUCCUUAGUAACUCCAGAUAAUGUAAUCAGGAUAUAUUUGGGACCUCUCCUGUCUGGUGAACUUUUCCUGGAUUGUUAUUGACUGCCUUCUCUACUUUUGUCAAAACUUGUUAUUUUUCCAUGGUCAUAAAAAGCACGUUUCAUCAUUAUUUCAAAUCACCAGCAGGAAAUCUUCCUUGCAAGCACAGGAGAUAUGAACAGAGAAUCAAAAUCACACUAGACAAGUGAUGCAAAUAACUUCAAAUACAGUACUUUAUUCCUCAGUGUUUACAGCUGUUAACAAAACCAUGUCUCUUCAGUCCUGACACAAAAGUUGUCUUCUUCAAUUCUUGAACAACCAAAACAAUUCACUUAAUUUGAAUAAACACAGAAAUAAUCAUAGACAUAUAAAACAGCUUUUUUCUUACAACAGAAUUUUUGAAAAUACUUUUUUCAAGACUGAAACAGAAGGGUUGGAGGUUUAAAUCAAUUGUUUUAAUGGCAUUAUUGCAUCUUCUGACAAAAUAAGAACAUAUACUCUGACAACAGAGAAGACCGAGAAAGGGAUACCUCUAUGAAAUGUGGUGGUGCUUACUUUGCUUUUCUACUACUGGCUUCACACUUCGGAAUUACUCAAGAAAAUAUGAAAUGGCUCAAAUAAUAAAAAAAAAAACAACAAAUAUCUUCCAUAAAACUUCAACUUAUUCAAAGUUUUGUCUUUUGCGAUGUCUACAUAAAAAAUAAUUGGAAAACAGUACUGGAAUAAUUUAACUGUUAGAACUGGAUGGGGGCACAAAUCUCGUCUACUUUACUCUGAACUAUUCUGUUACAAACAGCACAAACUGACAAGGUAAAAGCACUGAGGCACAUAAACAAUUACUACAGUUCUACCAGCCCUACAGGUCAACUAACCCAGUGCAUCUUCACAUCUUAAGACUGAUGAAAUCUUUAUGCACAGGUACACCACUUGAAUUUCCUAGCCUACAUCCUUGGUGAAACUGAACUCUUGACUGCUGUUCGUUUGUUACUUGUAGCAAAAAUAACAGCACAGGAUUAGCAAAGAGAAUUUUAAAUUAAGGCUUUGUUUGUUAAAAACUGCUCUCCCUCUUCCCUUGCUGACCAAUGCUUGUAACCUCCAUGGCCAGAAGUCUCACUCGAAAUGUCAUUUGUGAGCUACCUCUAUUAGCACUAUGCGAAAAUCAGUCUCUAAAGGAAGAAAAUGAGUACUAUGCUUCCACUUGAAAUUCCUCUCCACAAUGGCAGCAGAGGCUGACAACAGAAAUGACUGUAGAAACAAAGUGAUAAUGACACUGCUAGAAGGGGGGUGAACUUAAGCCAGCAGAGUACUUCAUUAUAUUGAGUUCACAUUCAAGUCAACAUGUACAAGCAAUGAAGUCUCCCACUCUCUUUUCUUAGAAGCCUACCGGAACUGUAAAGUAUGCUCAAGGCUGUACCAAUCACACCAUAAAGCAGCAUUCUUAGUCAAUAAGCAUACAGAAAAAUCACAAGAAGGAAAGUUUUAAAGUUCAUCUAGACUAAAAUUUCAAAUCAAGGUGUUGGUAGUAGCUAAUUAAUAAAAUCUGACACAUGUUUUUAAACAACAUGCCGGAAAAUCACUUAAUUUUAAACAGAGCUCUAUGUUCCUGCAUAGAUCUGCCUCUGCAAUUGAGGGCAUGAUGCAUGUGUCCCUGAAGACAGGGUAACAACUUAAAAGCAUGCCAACACAGACACCAACAGCAAGUUUGUGGGAAAAAAAAAAAAAAAAAACAACCAAAAA